AUUUUUAUUUAACUUUGUGUCUUUUUCCUUCCACAUUUCUGCUAAAACCUCAACAACAGUGAUUCCCCCAGACCGAUGCCUCCUCGGGCCAAUGUUAAGCCCAAGUGUAAGAUCUCGGCCUCGAGGAAACUCUCUCUGAAGAUGCUGCUCCUGCAGAGGGCGAUGGAGGACCUGGAGCAGGAGACAGCGACACGUGAUGAGGAGAAGGUGCGCUACCUGGGGGAGAAACUCCCGCCUCUCCAGAUCUCCGGCCUCUCCAUGGAUGAGCUGCACAAACUGUGUCGACAGCUUCACUCUAAGAUCGAUGAGGUGGAUGAGGAGAGAUACGACUUUGAAGCAAAAGUCAACAAGAACAAUAAAGAAAUUCACGAGCUGAAGCUGAAGGUGCAGGACCUCGGAGGUAAAUUUAAGAAGCCGGCUCUGAGGAAGGUUCGCGUGUCGGCUGAUGAGAUGAUGAGAGCUUUACUCGGCUCCAAACACAAAGGCUCCAUGGACCUCAGGGCCAACCUCAAGUCCGUCAAGAAGGAGGACAUUAAACAGGAGAAGGUGCUAACCAGUGAGGUGGGAGACUGGCGUAAGAACGUGGAGGCCAUGUCAGGGAUGGAGGGCAGGAAGAAGAUGUUCGACGCUGCUGGUGGAGGACAGUGAACACACUCGACUCUACAUAACACUGUGUGUGUGUGUGUGUGUGUGUGCGAGUAAGAGAAAACGAAUUACUGCAAAACAGAAUCAUUGUUACAUUGUUACAUGGAAAUAUUUAUUACAUUAUUACACUGUUACAUUGUUGCAUUAGAGUGUUAUUACUUCCCACACCGUGUCUGAUCAUCAUCAUCAUCAUCAUCAUCAUCAGUCUGGGUUUAAAGCUUAUGUCUAAACUACAAUCAUUUUUAAAAUUUUGUGUGUGUGUGUGUGUGUGUGUGUGCACGUGCAAUUUCUAAUAAAACA